AUGGCGUCUAGCGUCGAUCAGAAGCGUCUCAAGGCAACAAAGUUUCCACCCGAGUUCGACAAGAAGGUCGACAUUGAGAAAGUCAACAUCGACCUUAUGAAGAAGUGGAUUGCUAACAGGAUCACCACUAUUCUCGGCGACGAAGACGACAUCGUAGUCGAGACCUGUUACAAUUUGAUCGAACAGAACCAAUUUCCCAAGAUCAAGGAAAUCCAAAUCCAACUGACGGGCUUCCUUAACAAGGAUACAGCACCUUUCUGCAAAGAGCUAUGGGACCUCAUGCUGAGUGCGCAAGACAGUCCUAUGGGUGUGCCCCGAGAACUGUUGGAGGCGAAGAAGGCCGAACUGCAGCAGGAGCAGCUUUCAAAGGCCGCAGCUGAUGCUCGACGGGCCGAAGAACAAGCGCAGAAUGCUAUGAUCGACUCUUUCCGACAAAGAGACGGAGACCUUCCCCACCUACUCGCGAGCGUGAUGUUUACAUACCUGGAGGGGGACGUGGUCGUGGACGUGGAGGACGUCGCGAUAGAUCCCGCGACCGCCGUCGCUCACCUUCGGGCAGUCGUUCUGCAUCUCCACCACCUCGUCGUACACGUCGCUCACUAUCGUCAGAACCCUCUCGAUCUCCACCGCCCAGGCGUCGAACGCGGCGUUCUCCGUCAACUGGCCGCUCAAGAUCUCCACCUCGCCGUGUUCGCCGUCGCUCUCCUUCGCGCAGCAAGUCUCCACCUGCAAGACGAAGGAGGGAUAGGUCUCCGAGCGAGAGCAGGAGGCGACCCAAGCAUACUUCGCGCUCCAGUUCCCCGCCAUUCAGAACCAAAUCGAGCUCACCAGCGCCCAGGCUGCGAUCACGAUCACGAACCCCUCCGCGCCGCCGGCGUCGUUCCCUCUCGAGCUCCAUGUCUGUAA